GUGUGCGCCGUGUCGCCAUCCGUCGCUGCGUUCACUUCCUGUGGACGGCGAGCGGAGGUUUGACAGCGCGCAGGGAGGAGACGCGGCGAGUUUUCCAGGCAGCGGAGUCAGACCUGGAGCGGCGGUGCCGGACCCAAACACCUCCCUCCUCCGGUCACACACGGCCGUCCACCCCGGUGACGGCGCGGGGAAAUGCUCCGGAUAACAGCGUGUGAGUCUGGUGAGUGAGGGGUUGUUCCUUUCCAUGUCUGCCUUGAUCUCCACCAUGGCGGGGGAUCUCUUCAGCCCACCGUCCCCACUGGGGGAUUCCCUGCUGGACAGUCCGCUGUGUGGCGACCUGAUGGAGGAUCUCCGUGACAUCUCCCAGUCCAUAGGAGACGACGCGCUGGGAUUUGAUUUUCCACAGUAUCAGAGUACUGGCUCGGGGUCUGAGAGCUCCAUCACGCUGGACACGUUGACCCCAGCCUCCAGUCCGUCUUCAGGGGUGUGUGGAGCCACACGGGGCCCAGAAGAGACCUCCACCCCCCUCAACCUGGAGUGCCGCGUGUGCUCUGACAAGGCAUCAGGCUUCCACUACGGCGUGCAUGCCUGCGAGGGCUGCAAGGGUUUCUUCAGGAGGACCAUCAGACUCAAGCUGGAGUACGACAAGUGUGAACGUAACUGCAAGAUCCAAAAGAAGAACCGCAACAAGUGCCAGUACUGCCGAUUCCACAAGUGCCUCUCGGUGGGCAUGUCCCACAACGCCAUCCGGUUUGGUCGGAUGCCUCAGGCGGAGAAACUAAAGCUCAAGGCAGAACGAAAGGUGGUGGAGAAAGAGGUGGCGGGCCCCAUGCUGGCCGACCACAAGAUUCUGGUGAGGGAGAUCCACGGAGCCUACAUGAAGAACUUCAGCAUGAACAAGGCUAAGGCACGGCUCAUACUCACCGGAAAGACCAGCAAGCAGCAGCCUUUCAUCAUUCAUGAUAUGGAGACGUUCCAGCUGGCAGAGAAGACGUUAGCGGCCCACAUGGUAAACGGUGACAAUCCGGAGCCCGAGAGCGGCCUUCAAGCUGGGGAGCUGGUUCCGGCUGUGGGUUGCGGGGAGCUCCAGCAGAGGGAGGCUGAAGCCAGGCUCUUCCACUGCUGCCAGAGUACGUCGGUCGAGACGGUCACGGAGCUGACGGAGUUCGCCAAGGCGGUGCCGGGUUUCCAGAGCCUGGAUCUGAAUGAUCAGGUGACUCUCUUGAAGUAUGGUGUUUAUGAAGCCCUCUUCACCCUCCUGGCCUCCUGCAUGAACAAAGACGGCCUCCUGGUGGCCCGCGGUGGAGGCUUCAUCACCCGGGAGUUCCUCAAGAGCCUCCGGCGGCCAUUUAGUGACAUGAUGGAGCCCAAAUUCCAGUUUGCCACGCGCUUCAACUCCCUGGAGCUAGACGACAGUGACCUAGCCCUUUUCGUGGCUGCCAUUAUCUGCUGCGGAGAUCGCCCAGGCCUGGUGGACGUUCCUUUGGUGGAGCAGCUGCAAGAAAGCAUUGUUCAGGUACUACGGCUCCACCUGCUGGCCAACCACCCCGACGACAACUUCCUCUUCCCCAGACUGCUGCAGAAACUGGCUGACCUCCGGGAGCUGGUCACGGAGCAUGCUCAGCUGGUGCAGGAAAUCAAGACGACGGAGGACACGUCGCUGCACCCGCUCCUGCAAGAAAUAUACAGGGACAUGUACUGAGAGGACAGCGCAUAGCCAUGGACAAAUUUGACUGUAUGCCACUCAUUAAUCAAUAUUUACUGAUGCUAUUGUGCAUAUUAAUGUACUGUAUGUAGCCUAUUGUUCAGCCUCUGUGGAUGCACUGCAGAGGUUGCACGGAGAUCAUGUGACUUCCUACUGAAACAAAACAAAUGAAAUGGGGGGGGAAAGGCAGCUCUUGUAGGUGGCGUGACUUCUUCCAUGAGAGGAGGACACAGCGAAGAACAAGCUUUUUUUUUAUUUUCACCCCAUGAAUGUGUAGAGAUUGUCUUUACAUGCAUUAAUUUGAAUUAGUGCAGCCAGCUGCUACAGAUUAAGCCCCGGUUGCCAGCUCUUCCUUCAAAGACAGAAACAAAAGCUAAAGAGGGAGUAAACUAUGCACACUUUCAUAGUACUUUCAUGAGUAAACACAUAUUAAAGAUACAGGGACAUGACUGCAGCAGUCAUGCAUGAUCUAGGGCUGCAACUAACGAUUAUUUUCAUUGUUAACCAGUCUGUAGAUAAUUUAUCUUGAUUAAUCGAUCCUUCUUUUUUUGUUCUAUUAAAUGUCAGAAAAUGGUGACAAAUGUCAGUCAGUGUUUCCCAAAACCCUAAAUGAUGUCCUCAAAUGUAUUGGUUCUUUUCCACAACCCAAAGAUUUUCAGUUUACUGUUUCAGACGAGUAAAGAAACCAGAAAAUAUUCACAUUUAAGCAGCUGGAUUCAGAGAAUUUUGAACAUAUAUUUUUUUUAAAUCACACAAACCAAUUUUUUGCUUAUCAAAAUAAUUGCCAAUGGACUUUAAUUAAUUAAUUAAUUGUUGCAGCUCUGGUAUGCAGUGAAUGUUAACUAUAAGUAUCGCCUGUGAACAAUAACCUGAAUUGUGUGUAUGAAAAAUAACGUUUUUAAUCAUCGAAGCAACUGAAAUGGGUCGAUACCAGUCCUGGUAUUUUUGAUAUUUACUGUAUACAAUACUGUAUGUUAAUUUUAAAGUCAUCAGGAUUUGGUUAAUAUCACUGUCAUGUCCUUUCAUUUUGUACUAGUGCCUAAUUGACCUCCCUUGACCAUUCUGAGGUGAGUGCAUGAAGCAACACCUGCAGCAGUAUUCACCAAGUGCCGUUAUGUCUCAGUGCCCGAGGUCCAUCUUCUGCCUUCAGUGGGUAGCUUUUUAAACCAUGUAAUGUAAUGCUGAACCAGGGAAUGUUCUCACACAUAUGCAGUGAAUUUAUAGGAGCCUUGCUUCCAUUACAAGCGGGCAUAAAUUGAAAAUAAUUGCAGUUAUGUAUUUUAUUUUCCUUUUAUUCUAUUGCUAAAAAAGCAACACAACACGAUAGCUCAUCUAACCUUUUUUUUGUCAGAUCAAUGUGACAGAGGACAAAAUGUUUUGUACUAAUCCUGCCAUUUAAUCACAUUGUUUUCAGGAAAAAAAAAAAAAAAAAGACCGCAUCGGCCAGUAUUGAAUAUUUUGACCACAAACACAAUAAUCUGUUAAGCUGGUUUGUGUUUUAUUGUGUAAAUAGAACAAGAAUGUGGUGACCACAGUGGAAGGUGUGUGCGUGUGUGUGUGUGUGUGUGUGUGUGUGUGUGUGUGUGUGUGCGCAGACAGUGAAACAGGCCUCAAAGAGAAGAAUCGCUGUUCUCUCAUCAUUAUGAAACAGUCUAUAUUUUUUAUCAUGUAGAUUUUGCUGUUUCAGUAAAACGAUUCAUAUCAUGUGGUAGUCUGAAAUAAACUAAUGUAUUUAACUGUG